AAGUGGAAACAACCUAAAACCUCCCCUCCGAAUUUGUUGUUUUUCAAAUUAAAAAGGCAAAAAAGAAAAGAUCUUACGGAAUUCAAACCGAUUUUUCUUCUCUCCCUCGUUGUUCAUCGCCUGAAAACCCCGUUCUCUGCAAUCUUUUCGCCUUCAUCAUCAUUAUCGCCCGUUCCGCUCAUCGAUCGAAUCGAUCUCAGUUCAGAAUUCAACGUCUUCGAUUUCCUCUUGGUUUUUGAAAUAGACGGAACGGUGUUGUUUUUCUGGCGAAUUGGGAGCCAACCAAUGAGUCCGACUCUGAAACAGAAACUCAAAUCGUCGCUCUGCAUCUGCGGCUGUUUCCGGCAGGUCCACCACCACCACCACGCUCCGUCGCAACCUCUGUCUCCGUCAUCGUCUCCGGAAUCUCCCGGCGACAAAUCUAGCCAUGACGAUUUAACCGCGAGCCCAAAGGAACGUCACAUUCACAAGAAGACGAAGUCGCCGAGGCUUUCACGGACAUUGUCAAAGUCGCAGGAAAAGUGCCGGAGUCUGAUCCAGCGAAUCGGUGGUGGUUCCGGCGUCGGAUUAUCUGGCAGAAGCGGAAGGCACGUCCGACGGCAUUCGACGGAUUUUCAUUACGAUGCGCAUAGUUAUUCUCUGAAUUUCGACAAGGGAGACGACGAGGACCUCGACCAGUAUCCACUACGGAAUUUCUCCUCCAGGCUUCCGCAUUCUCCUCCGUCGUCAGCGAAGGACUCAACGGAGACUGAGGCUGAGUCGACAUCCGCCGCCGGGAGAGAGAUUUUUGCAGCGCACUGUUAAUUGCGGUGAUGAGUCAUGAGGAUUCAGUUCCGUUUCCUUUUUCGUCGUUUUUUCUUUUCUUUUGCAAAUAAUUUUGUUUUCUCGAAGCAACGGUAAAUAUUUUAUG